AUGCCUAAAGCAGAAGUUGGAAGCACGAAGUAUCUGAGCAAUAAGCUCAAAUCCAAAGGUCUACAGCGUUUGAGAUGGUGGUGCGAACCGUGCCAAAAACAAUGCCGUGAUGCCAACGGCUUCAAAUGCCAUACACAAUCAGAGGCACACGUACGACAGAUGCAAGCCAUUGGAAGCAACGCAAACCAAGUUAUUUCCAGUUAUUCGGCAGAUUUCCAAAGAAAUUUUCUUACGCAGCUGAGAACGGCUCAUGGAACUAAGCAAGUCCUUAUGAAUAGAUUCUACCAGGAGGUUAUUGCAGAGAAAGAACAUGUGCACAUGAACAGUACAAGAUGGUCUUCGUUGACAGAAUUUGCGAAACACUUAGGACGGGAAGGCUUAGUACGGGUUGAGGAGAACGACAAAGGCUUACAUAUCACGUGGAUCGACAAUUCACCGGAAGCUUUGAGAAGAGCAGAGGCUAUUAAAAAGAAGGAACGGCAAGAUAAGGGCGAUGAGGAACGAGAGCAGAGGUUGAUACGAGAGCAAAUAAGCAGAGCAAGGCUUGAUGCAGAGGCUCGUGAGCGGGACGAUGAACUACAAGAAGGAGAACUGAAUCGGGCGCAAGGCGAGAAGAUCACGCUCAACUUCGGCAUAAAGCCUUUGCAGCAGAGGGAUCUUGUGUUUCCUCUGACUGAACAAGAGGUUCUUGCAGCUGAAAGGGAGCAUCACAAUGCAACGCCAAAAUCAGAAUCCCCACCCACGGGAGUGCCCACUCCGCCACCAGAGAAAGUCAGCCUCAAGCUGAACGCAACGAGUAAGCCUAAAAACGUUUUUGCUGCAGUUUCCAAGAAGAAAGUCUUGAAUAACGGGAAGGCUGCUGUGAAGGAAGCACCUAAACGACCUAUGAGCGAAGCCGAGCGGAUUAUGAAGGAAGAGAUAGAACAAAAACGAAAGCGAGAGUCACAUGGUCGGCCUGGGUUGAACACUAAGCGGCCGAAGUUGUUUUGA